AUGGGCGAUCCUUCCGAUUCCAUCGAGGUGCAACUGGCCGCGCCCCCCACGCCGUUCCACUGCGACCCGCCGCCGCUCCUCGUCCGCACCACGCCUCGCGAGCUGCUGCGUCUGUUCCACGACAUGACCGUCAUUCGCCGCGCCGAAAUCGCGUCUGACCUGCUGUUCAAGGAGCGGGCGGUGCGCGGGUUCUGCCAUCUGUACGACGGGCAGGAGGCCGUGGCCGUGGGCAUGGAGGCCGCCAUGGCGCAGCACGACGCGCUCAUCACGGCGUACCGCGACCACGGAUUCUUCCUCUCCAGGGGGGGCUCGCUGCAGGGGCUGUUCGCGGAGCUGAUGGGGCGGCGCGAUGGGUGCGCGCACGGCAAGGGCGGGUCCAUGCACCUGUACGGUGUGGCGCGAGGCUUCUACGGCGGGUGGGGCAUUGUGGGCACGUCGCCACCGCUGGGCGCGGGGCUGGCUCUGGGGCAGAAGCUGGCGGGACGGCAGGGGGAGGGCGUAACUGCUGCCGUGUAUGGUGACGGCGCUGCCAACCAGGGCCAGGUGUACGAGGCGAUGAACAUGGCAGCGCUGUGGCGCCUGCCAGUGGUGUUCGUUGUCGAGAACAACCAUUACGGCAUGGGCACCUCUGAGCGGCGUGCAUCAGCGCAGACAAGCUUCUUCGACCGCGUCAACUACAUCCCUGGCCUGCUGGUGGAUGGCAUGGACGUGCUGGCAGUCAAGCAAGCCAUGGAAUAUGCCAAGCAGCAUGCCAUCGCCAAGGGUCCCAUGGUGCUGGAGAUGGACACGUACCGCUACCAUGGUCACUCCAUGUCCGACCCUGGCAGCUCCUACCGCCAGCGCACCGAGAUUCAGCAAACCCGCCGCGCGCGUGACCCCAUCGAGCGAGUGCGACGCCUUAUACUGGAGCAUAAUGUGGAGAGCGAAGAGGGUCUCAGGCAGGCAGAGAAGAGGGUUAGAGCAGAAGUGGAUGCAGCAGUGAAAGCUGCCAGAGAUGCAGCAGAGCCCAGUAACAAGGACUUAUGGCAACGUGUCUAUAAGCUGGACAAGGGCAUGGUGUUUACAGCUCCGGUUGUGAGUGAACAGAGGGUGGAGAUGCCAUAG